CAUCAUUUACAUUAACUACGAAUUUCUCCAAAAGGAGAGCCAAAACAAAAAAAGUUUGUACACAGAAGGAGAGCCAAAAAAAAAAAAAAAUGGAGAGCUUCCUCUCAAACAACCAAGAAACACCACAAAAAUGGUCCCAAAUAUCAUGGGAAUUCCUCUCAAAAGUGCGCCAAAACUCUCCAUUAAUCCACUGCAUAACAAAUUACGUAUCCAUGGAUUUAGCAGCAAAUACCCUCUUAGCCGCCGGAGCUUCUCCUGCUAUGCUCCAUUCAUCCGAUGAAAUCCCCGAUUUCACUCCACAAGUUGACGCCCUCUACAUCAACGUCGGCACACUCACUGCCGCCGUUUUACCGGCAAUGAAGUCAGCCGCCGAAAUCGCCGUAAAGCAUGGUAAAUCGUGGGUGUUCGACCCUGUCGCCGCCGGUUGUUCCAGUUUUCGAUUAAGGGCUUGUUUGGACUUGCUUUCGUUGAAGCCCACUGUUGUCAGGGGUAAUGGGUCUGAGAUUAUUGCUCUUUCUCGUGCUUCUAUGGGUGACACUAAGGGUGCAGAUAGCUUGCAUGAAUCAAGGGAUGCUUUAGAAGCUGCAAAAUCAUUGGCUCAAGCAACUGGUGCUAUUGUUGCUGUUACUGGAGCUGUGGAUAUUAUCACAGAUGGGAUACAAGUCAUUGGUGCACGCAACGGAGUGCAAAUGAUGCAAAAGAUAACAGCAACGGGGUGUUCUGUCACUGCUUUAAUUGCCGCCUUUGUUGCUGUUGACCCUACUCAUGCCUUUGAAGCUACGGUUGCAGCAUUAUCUGUAUUUGGCAUUGCCGGUGAGUUGGGUAUGCAGGAUGCAAAAGGUCCAGCUUCAUUGCGUGUUAACUUGAUUGAUUCGUUAUAUGCACUUGAUCAAGUGAGUAUACUUCAACAUGCUAAAAUAUCCCCGUUAUCUUGAUGCAUAAAGGUAUUUAUAGUUGGUAUUCAUUUGGAUUAUUAGUAAAAAAAAUAAGUUUGGAGGUUUUCUAUAGGUAACGACCCUUAAGUGACAUAUGCUUGGUAUUGUUGCAAAGAGUACAAAUUUUGGAUGGUUUUGAUUGAUUCUUUUAGUUAGAGUCGCUAUGGUUAUGUGAAUAAACCUCAACCCCAGGGUGAUUUUCGAAUAGGUUUCCUAUUUUUUUUAACACUAAAAUCAUGUUGUAGUGAUGUUCAGCGUAUUAUAUUUUAUCUUACCGUGUAUGUUAGUAUUCUGAUUGUACAGUAAGUUGAUGCUUAACUGUGAUCAUAUUGGCAUUUGUUUGUCAAAAAAAAUGAUGGCAAUAUCAACGCAAUCUGGCUAUGCAUUAUA